CUCCUCUUUUCCAUUCCCGCUCGGGUUUCCCCCCACCCCAAACCCAAACCCAAAAUCCCCAAUCUCUUGAACCAAAAUCCCCAAUCUCAAAAUCCCUAAUCUCUUCUUACGUCUCUCUCUCUCUCUCUCUCUCUCUCUCUCUCUCUCCUUCUCAAUUUGUUUCAGACUCUGAUUCCGAUGAUUCACGAUCGAUGAGGAAGAGGAAGAGCAGGAGUUCUAGGCAUAGAAGUAGGAAAUCGGAAUCAGUCGGUGAUGUUGGUUUUGAAUCCUUGAAAGUUUGGAGGAUAUUCUGAGAUUAUGUUGAUUCCUUCAUCAAAAAUUAUGUGUAGUUGUAUAGUUAUUCAUAUGUUUCAUGUGUGGCCAUUUUAAGAGUAUGCUCUGUGUCCAAAGUGCAGGUUGCCUUUUUCUUGUAUCUCCAAGAGAAAAUGAAUGUUGUUGUUGAACCUGAUGUACAUGACAUAUUUGCGAGAAUCCCAGGGUUUGGGUUCGUUUCUCGUGAUUUUGAGCAACAUGAGUCAGCUUCCGUAGGUGAGCACUGAGACAUGGUACAAUUUCUUCACCUUUUCUUUUUCUUUAUUCAUUUUGUGGAACUUUUGGGAGAUUUAUAUGCUCCAGUUGACACACUUGGGUCUUUUUUGUAUAUAUCCUAUGUACAAGGGCCGUGAUUUCGUGGUGCCCUUCUUAUACUAAUCCCCGGAGGUUCUCUUUUCCCCUAAAUACUCUGCUUAAAUCUCCUACACUACUAUGUUGUUCUUUCUUCUAUUUUCUUUUCGUUCUUAUUUCCUUUUUCUCCUCCUUUUUUUGUGUGGAAAUUCUUCUCUAAUUCUAUCUUUCUCACUAUCUCCUGAUGUUGGUAAGACAAUCCAAGGAUCCUCCAUCAUCACUAAUUGUUUGCCCAUCAACGCUUGUUGGACACUGGGUCUAUGAGAUAGAGAAGUUCAUUGAUGCGUCUUUAAUAACCACACUUCAAUAUGCCGGUUCUGCUCAAGAGCGAAUUUUACUUCGAAGUCAAUUUGAUAAGCAUAAUGUCAUUAUAACAUCAUAUGAUGUGGUCCGCAAAGACAUUGAUUAUCUUGGACAGCUUUUCUGGAACUAUUGUAUUUUAGAUGAGGGUCAUAUCAUCAAGAAUUCUAAGUCUAAAAUCACUUGUGCUGUGAAACAGUUGAAGGCCCAACACCGCCUCGUAUUGAGUGGAACACCAAUACAGAAUAAUGUCUUGGAUUUGUGGUCCCUAUUUGACUUUCUAAUGCCAGGAUUUCUUGGAACUGAGAGACAGGCAUGUUUUUUUCCAUCUGUGUUAUGUUUCUAUGUAGUUAUCCUGAAUUCCAAGCCACUUAUGGAAAACCACUGCUGGCAGCUAGGGAUUCUAAAUGUUCAACCAAGGAUGCUGAAGCAGGGGCACUUGCCAUGGAAGCAUUACACAAGCAGGUCAUGCCUUUUCUCCUCCGCCGAACAAAAGAUGAGGUCUUGUCUAAUCUGCCAGAGAAAAUUAUUCAGGAUAGAUAUUGUGACCUGAGUCCUGUCCAAUUAAAACUUUAUGAGCGGUUUUCUGGUUCAGGCACUUCAAUACUUGCUGAAACUUUGUGGUCAUCCAUUGCUUGUCAUUGGUGAAAAGAUUUCCGCUACAUUCUCAUGCGUUUUGUCAGAACUUUUCCCUGCGAAUUCUGACAUUAUUUCAGAACAUAAACUCCACCACUCUCCAAAAUUAGUUGCUCUUCAGGAGAUUCUGGAAGAGUGUGGAAUAAGUGUUGAUGCCUCAUCUUCUGAAGGCUGUGUUAGUGUUGGCCAGCACAGAGUUUUGAUAUUUGCCUAACACAAAGUAAUCUUUACUUUGCCUUUGACAAACUUUUUUAUGCGAGUCUUAUUUUCUUUGACAAAUUACCUUUGUGAACUCUUACUUUGUUUGAAUCGUGAAUUUAUAAAUGGAGGAAAAAGUAAUUUAUGUUCA